AUGUAUUCGUCAACAGCAGUUAGCUUUUUCCCUCACCCCAUAAGUCAUUGUGCCGCGGUGACGCCAAACAGCCCUCAAGCUUUUCUUUCCUUUUCAUCUUCUUCCUCCAAUAAAACCCUCAACAAUCCCCCCCUCCACCCCCAUUUUCUUCGCACCAUCUUUCUCUGAAAAUUUUAGGGUUUCCUGCCAAAAUCUCUUAACAAGCAUCUAUCUUCCAACCUCUCUACCAAAUCCAAUCCAGUCCAGUCCAAUACAAACCCAAAUCCAAUCGACAAGCCAUCGGAAUCGUCGAUCUCCUCCGUUCAAAUCCACUUCAAGGGUAAAAGAUAUGGGGGCAUUGAUGUCAAAGUUCUGGUUCAUGUUGUUCCCCGCAAAGGAGUAUAAGAUCGUUGUGGUUGGAUUGGAUAAUGCUGGUAAGACGACGACGCUUUACAAAUUACACUUGGGGGAGGUUGUCACUACGCAUCCGACUGUUGGUAGCAACGUGGAAGAACUUGUUUACAAGAAUAUACGGUUUGAGGUCUGGGAUCUUGGUGGACAAGACAGACUUAGAACAUCAUGGGCAACAUAUUAUCGGGGAACUCAUGCAGUUAUCGUGGUGAUAGACAGCACGGAUAGAGCUCGGAUCGGCAUAAUGAAGGAUGAACUCUUCCGGCUGCUGCCACACGAGGAUCUUCAAAAUUCCAUUGUGCUUGUUUUUGCGAACAAACAAGACAUUAAGGAUGCGAUGACUCCAGCUGAGAUAACCGAUGCCCUUUCCCUGCAUAGCAUCAAGGAUCAUGAUUGGCACAUCCAAGCUUGCUGUGCCCUUACGGGAGAGGGGUUGUAUGAUGGUUUGGGAUGGAUUGCGUCACGAGUGAGUGGGAAACCAACAAGCUAGAAAUGUUUUACACUGGGAAAAAUUGUUUUCUAUCAUUUUCGUGGAUUGAAGAUGGAUGUGUUUUGUGUAAUAUGUAACUUUCUGAGUCUUGUUCGAUGUGAUUCUGCAGUUGAUAGCAAACAAGAAAAUCUAACAUUACGUCUAAUAAGAAUUGAGAUCACAAAUGUUUA